AUGUCCUGGACCAGUUGUGAUAAACGGUAUAACCGCAGUACUGCGUACUACGAUAUAGUGAAGAAAAAGUUAUUCAUGGCCUGUAAAGAGACCGAAAAUGUUGAGGAAGGAAACCAUAUACCAUGUACUGCGCAAAAAACGUCGUUGUUAGCAGCAACGGCAGCGGAAGGAAGAAGAUGUUUGGGGGCGAAUGGAGACAAAAAUCCUCAAGAAAGAGAAAAAGGUGCCCUUAAAAUUGGCAGUGAAUUGCAAGGAAAUAAAGAGAAGCUGGUGAAGAAUAUGUAA